AUGUCUCAGGAGAUUCAGGGUCAGCUUAGGAAGCAGGACUCCUGCUGCAACCCGAUUUCACCCCUUUUAAAGGAUGCCAGUGGGCUGCGAGGCAGGGAGGAGUUGACCAAGGAGGACUACAUCGCCGCCCACUGCGGCGCUGAGUAUCGGCCCAAGGAGAGCAACGCGCAGCUCGAGCACGUGGUGGGCGAGUUCCUGCGCCUGCAAGUGCAUCACCUCCAGGAGACCCUCGCGCAGAUGGAGGCUCCGUUUGCCAGUAGUGGCGGCACAAGAAGGCAAAGUUUCCUCAAGCCCGCCGUCACAGAGCGGCAGUGGAGUUCGUGGAAUGAUGCCUUUGACAUGAUGACCCCUAGUGCCGGAAGCACAGGGCGCGUGACUCUCAAGGAGCUUGCUUUUCAACACGAGAUGUGUCCUGCCACGUGCGAGUACCUGUGCAAGGCCGUCGGGAGCGGCGGCCAGCAGGAGCUCGGCUUCACGAAGGAGGAAUUCCUACAAAAGAUGCUUGAAGUUAGCGGACAACGUGUGAGGAAGGAAUUCCUCGUGUUGGGCCGACUCUGCAAAAUGUAA